AUGAGCAAAACCAUCGAACUAAACACUUUGAAUAAAACAGAUGAAAUUGCAUUGUUGGUUCAAAACAAUAUAUCAUUCACAUCAGAUUCCAAUGGUAUCACUAUUACAUUUCUUAAUAGUCUGUCAUAUGCUUACAUUCCAAAGGAGGGAGAUGAGAAUGAAUGGAGACAACUCUUUGAUUUAAUUGAAUAUUUGAGUGGUUCUACUGUUGAAACUGAUCGAUUCUUAGUGCAUCAAGCUCAUUCUGAUCCAAUUGAAGAUGAUAUUGACCAUAACAAUCAUCUGCAUAACCAUCAACAUAAAAUGUCGACAUCACCAUCGAAUCUAAACAGCAAUUCAAAAAAAGAAUUUCAACUCAAAUUGUUUAGUGCGUCCAAUGAACCAAAGGAUAACAAAUCGUUCGAUUUCUUUGGUAAACCUAAUAAUAAUAGGUCCGCCACAUAUCGAUUGAAUAUAAAAUCAAAAAACAACAACAACAAUAAUAAUGAUAACAACAACAACAACAGCAGCAGCAUUAACAAUAACAAUAGCAAUAGUAAUAGUAAUAAUGGCAAUAUUAAAAAUGGUAAAACCUAUAGUAUAAAUAGAACAACAACAACAGCAGCAACACCGACAACAACAAACAGCAAUUUUAAACAAACAACUUCAUCAAUGUCGAUAGUCGAUCCACUACAGAAUGGACAUUCUGAUGCAGAUAUUAUCAUUGAUAACGAUUCAAUUUCUCAGGAAUCACCACCGAUUCCUCGAUCUAUGAAGAAGGGACAGACAGGAUCAAUGUUUAAGGUGUCCAAUCAGAUUCACACUGUUCGUCCCAACAUCAAAAAUGGUGAUGAUAGAUCGCUCGCUACUCUACCGAGUUCAGAACCAAAAAUGCUGAAUGAUUGUUUCAACGCACUCAGAGCUAUGGAUAAAUCAUCAACACAAUCAGUCUCACCAAGCAAAGUCAAAAAUAGCAACAGCAAUUAUAGUAAUAAUAUAAAGAGAAUCACAUCAAAUGAAUCACACAAUGAAUUGGAUGAAGAAAUCGAGAAUUCAUCUCCACACGAAACAAAGAACAAAAAGACAAUAUUGUUCCCAACCUAUAAUAGUUUAUCGAUGACAAACAACAACAAUAACAACAACAACAGUAAUAAUGAUAGCUAUCAUUCGAAUGGAACAUUCAAGAAAGUAAAUGGAAAUAGUAAUGGUAAUACAAAUAACAAUAAUGUAAAUAAUAAUGUAAAUGUAAAAGAUGACCUACUUAAUCAAGAUAGUAGUACAUCGGAAUCUAUAUCAGCAAAAAGAAAACUAAAUAUUGCACCAACAACACCGUCAUCACUUAAACCUAUCGCUGCCAAUGAACCAAAAACAAAGCAACAGAAGAUCGAUCUUAAACCUCUGCCAAGACCAACUACAUCAACAUUAAGUUCCACCAGGGGUUAUUCGUCAUAUACACUUCCAGUCUCUACAUUUGAAAAAGGUUUUAAAAAUCUUGGAAAUACAUGUUAUAUGAAUGCUGUUUUACAAUCAUUCUUUGGUGUUCCUGAUAUUGUAAAUGAUUUAAAAGGAAAUGAAGAAAAGAAAAGACUAUGGAAAGUGGCGGAACACGAUCGUUUGAUUCUUUUAAUGGUGUGGAUACAAAGUCAUUCAAAACUCUGUUGGACGAUGUCAAUCCGUACUUUAAAGACGACGACGACAAUGAAACAACAAACAACAACGACAAGCAACCUAUCGAAUCACCACCAUCAUCACCUUUGGACAUUCCAAAGUUGCUCCAAUCGAUCUGUCCAAUCACCAAGAAUUUUAGAUCGACCAUUCACAAGAUUAUCACUUGAACUUUUGGAUAUUUAUUUGAAGGAGGAAACCAUUGAGAGAAAGUGUCAGAAGUGUUCUCACGAUAAAUCGACUAUUACCAAAUACUUUUCAGAGACACCGAAUGUCUUGGUUUUGCAUUUGAAACGAUUCCGACGAAGCUAUUACACAUCGACCAUCACUAAAGACUCUUCAUGCGUUCUUCCACUGAAAACCAUCAAAGUUGCCACCAUUGUAAAUAAACCAGAUACCAAAACAAUCUUAGAUGAUAGUGCGCCACAACGACCACCACCACCAGCUUCACCAGACAAGAUGAAUCAACCAAAUAUUAACAUUACAACAACCACUACAACUACAACCACUACAACAACAAACAACUCAACUAACGAAAACUCCAACAGCGAACCAACAAAUAACAAAAAGAUAACAACAACGACAACAGAACAGAAAUACAAUGUACAAAGUAUAAUUCAACAUAUUGGAGGUGAUAUCGAUUCUGGACACUACGUUUCCUUUGUAAAGAAAAAUAAUGAAUAUUGGAAACUAUAUGACGAUGAUAAAGUUAAAGAAAUUCUAUUCACCAAUGUACUAGAUAGAAUAUUGACAAAUGGUUAUCUAUAUUUCUAUACAAAAGAACAACAAUAA